AUGGACGGCAUCUCAGCCCUGAGCCUUGGGGUCGGGAACCUGCUCCUGCCUCUGCUCUUCCUAGGGACAGCAGGUUCCCAGCUGCAGGUGACCACGGCGCCCUCCUCCACGGCCCACGUGGGCUCGGGGGUCCUGCUGCAGUGCCGGUUCGAUGUUGGGGGGCCCGUGGUCCUGGACUCCCUGUGGGUGACCUGGUAUUUCUGGGACGAGAAGGUGGCCUCGUACGAGCAGGGCAGGAGCCAGAACCAGCCUGGAGCCAGCCUGCCAUCAGAGAAGGAGCUGGAGAGUAGAGACGCCUCCCUGUCACUGGCCGUGGUGACCGUGCCAGACCAGGGCUUGUACUGGUGUGUUGUGGGGUACGGGACACAGCAGCAACACGGGGAGACCAUCCUGCACCUACUUGCUGCCCCGAUGAUCUCCAUCCCGAGAAAACCAGUCGUGGCCAAUGCUGAGACCUCCCUCCUGUGCCACGUGGGGCGGUUCUUCCCUGAGGACGUGGACGUGGCGUGGAUGAGAGACGGGCAGGUCCUGAAGGGCUUCACCCGCUCCAGCCCCCAGAGGAACGCAGACGGGACCUUCAACCUCACCCUGACCUACACCUUCACCCCUGCCCAUGGCGACGCCAGCAGCAUCUUCUCCUGCCAUGUCCAACACAACGCUCUGGAGCAUCCAAUACAGGAGGACAUCCCCCUUGAAAUCCUAGCAGGGGAUCAGACUGGUGCUGUGGUUGGAGCCGUCCUGGGGAUCCUGAUCGGAGCAGGAGCUGCAGCUGCUGCAGCCAUUUACUUCUGGAGGAAUAGAAAAAAAGGCUGGAUGGUCUCCUACAAUGUCACAGAAGUGCAGGGGCCGGAGCGGUGCCUGCUGGGCCAGGAGGUGACCCUGCGCUGCUCCAUGGAGGGGACGUUCCCCGAGGACGUGGCCGUGACAUGGGAGAGGAUCCACAGCGAGGACAGGACGGUGCCUGAGAGCGCUGGGGACCAGGAGAGCCCCGAGCACCAGCCGCUGUUCCCCGCCCUCCCCCCGGGCUGGAGAGUGACCGAGGAGAGAGCUGGGACCCGCCUCACGUCCUCCCUGACCUUCACCCCCACGCUGCAGGACCACGGGGCGCGGGUCUGGUGCGUCUUCCUCCACGAGGCCAAACGGAUCAGAGAGGAGAGAGUGUCCCCAGAGAUCCGGGUGUGGGCCCGGCCGCAGGUGUCUGAGAUCCAGGUGUUGCCAGAGUGGGACCCCCGCGACAAGGUGCCGUUUGCUGUCCAGCUCCACAACCUCUACCCCAGGGAGGUGCCCCCGAUCCAGUGGGGCUGGGACGGGGCCGGGAGCUGGAGGGAAGACCCCGCGCUGAUAGACAAGAACGCGGACGGCACGUUCACCGCGACGAGCGUCUGGAGAGUGCCCAGCCGGAGCCUGACCCGGCCGGAGCUGCGAGUGCGAGUGUGCGUCCAGCACGGCCCUGGAGAGCCCCCGAGCGAGAGAGAGCUCAGCCUGAGGGCCGCGGGUGAGGAGGGGCCGUGUCCUGGGGUCCCAGCCCCGCUGCAGGGGUGUUGGGUCUGUGUGGUGUGUGAGGGGCCGGGGAGCAGCCCCUGCCAGGCCGCGGCUCCCCUGACGGGGCCUGUCCCUGCCUCUGCCUGUUCCCUUCCCCAGGUCUCCUGCGGCCCCCACACGUGUCCGAAAUCUCCCAGACUGAGUCCAGGGCCAAGGGGAAGGGAGUCACCCUGAGCUGCCGCAUCGCGGGGCAUUUCCCGGGGGAGCUGAGCGUGACCUGGCUGCGGAGGGGCGAAGGGGAGGACACUGCUGUGAUCCUGCGGGACGGAGCUGAGUGCAGGGUGGAGCCCGGCACGGCCGUCCUGGCACGGGACGGGAAGAGCUUCCAGCAGGAGACCAGACUCACCCUCUUGUCACCAGAGUACCUGGCAGAAAAAUUCAUCUCCAAGUUUAAGGAAAAAAGGGCAGAGUACUUCUGCCAUGUUGAACACCUCACACUGGAGACCCCCAUAAAGAGAA